UGUCAGCACAUACACUCACACCAUGAACCACUCAACCGAGCUGCCUCCUUCAGAGGGAAUGGCCCCUGAGGAGUUUGACGGUGGGACAGCAGUGGCUUGUGUGAUCCUGGGUCUGUCCUUCCUGGUCGGAGCUCCGGGGAACCUGCUGGUGAUCUGGACUAUCCUGAGACACGUCAAGCAGCGCUCCCACACGGUGAUGCUCAUCCUGCACCUGGCUGCUGCUGACCUGCUCGUCCUCAUCACCCUGCCUCUAUGGAUCUACUCCCUGGUAGAUGCCUGGGUGUUUGGAGGGGCCUUCUGCAAGGCCUUGGUGUACAUUGUCAGUGUGUGCAUGUUUAGCAGCAUCUUCUUCAUCACUCUUAUGGGCGUGGAGCGCUUUUUAGCCAUCUGUCAUCCAUUUGUGAUGAUGCGCUGGAAGACAAAGAGCUUUAUGAACAGAUGUCUUGUGCUUGUGUGGCUUCUUUCUUUGUUUUUAGCGGCGCUUGCUUCACUGACGGAGCCUUUGGAUGAAAGUGAAGGAGCUGAGCAGUGUUUUACCAGGGACUUCAGCUCUGUGACUCAAGCAGUCAUCUUGUUAUGUCUGGAGACCUUGGGUGGAUUUGUAGUUCCUUUUAUCAUCCUUGUCAUCUGUUACUGUCUCGUAGCUGCCCAGCUCAGAAAAAUGAACUUCAACUCCAAACAGAAAUCCAUGCUUCUUGUUCACGCUGUUGUGAUAGCCUUCACACUCUGCUGGUUGCCUUACCAUGUCAUCAACAUUGUUGAUCGGGUUUGCAUCCUAUCUGGCACAGAACGUGAGUGUUUGCCGCAGAGCAUUGUCUUCAGCUCCGGUGCCCUCGUUUUCAUCAGCAGUUCAGUGAAUCCUGUGUUAUACGCCUUCUUCGCAAGGAACUUACAGGGGAGUCUCGAGGAGUCCCGACUGGUCAGGCUGUUCCAGGAAAUGGUAACUCACACCAACAAACUCAGGGAGCUGGUAGUACAGCAGCAAACUGGCCAGAGGGCAGCAAAUACGCACACAGAGUUGAUGUCUGCCUCCGUGUGAAAAAAGACUGAACCCCUGAAAAUGUGAUGAUGGGAAAAUGUGACACUUGACUUGUGCCGUAAAUGAAGGGACUCCAUUAUGAAGUCCUAUGUAUGAUCUAAGGCUUUGAAAGCCUGUAUGCCACAUAAUAAAAAUAGUGCCGACAAUGGUAAUUGUGAUUCUUAUUAUUAACACAAACCAUACCCUCCUAUCCUCGUUUCACAUUUACCCUCAAAUGUCAGCACAGGAUUUCAAUCUUUAUGGGUUUUUUUUAGUUUUGAUGAUAAUUCUUUGCUGCAUAGUUCAAAAGUUUAAAACACAUUUCUGUCGUAUUUUAAGAACAUUUUUAACGUGUUAGAGUGCCUGUAUGACAAGCAAGGUUUUGUUAAACUGGAAGAAUUUCACAGAUUUUGUUGUUGUUUUUUUCUGCAUAAUUGUCGUCUGUAUACCACAGCAGUUUUAAAAACUUGUCUUUAGAUGCUCACUAAAUUGCCUUAAUGUCACUACAUCUAAAGCGUUGUUCUCACGUUUACCCUCAGGUGAAGCAUCAGAGAUCAUUUCUAUUUUUGUCAGUAGACGAACUUAUUUGAAACUUUCUAAAUCACUUGGACCACAUGUUUCCUUUUAUACCCCAAUCUAUGACCUGAGGUGAAAAAUGAACCCAUGACGCAUGUAUGAAUCACCGCGCUGUGUCUCAAAUAUCACUGUGAGGUAACCCCUUUCCUGUGCAGUCUAUUCUCAAAGGGAAGUGAAGACUUGCUUGUGCAGCACUUUGUUUUUCUUUUCCU